ACUUCGUCACUCAACCUUUCCAGAGAGCAAAGUUCUAAGCUCCCAUAGCUAACAGAUCGAUCACCAAUGGAAGUACUCAACAGCUCCAUUUUCCUUUUAGGCCUUUGCCUCCUCCUGGCUUCAUCGACAAUAUCAUCGGCAGAACCCAGAACCCAGAACCAUGAAUUUGUUAUUCAAGCAACACCAGUGAAGAGGCUGUGCAAAACUCAGAAUAGCAUCACCGUGAACGGACAGUUACCCGGACCAACCUUGGAAGUUAACAAUGGCGACACUCUAGUCAUCAAGGUCACGAACAAAGCUCGAUACAACGUGACUAUUCACUGGCAUGGAAUUCGCCAAAUGAGAACUGGAUGGGCUGAUGGGCCAGAAUUUGUAACUCAGUGCCCGAUUAGGCCCGGAGGAAGCUACACUUACCGGUUUACAAUCCAAGGUCAAGAAGGUACACUCUGGUGGCACGCUCACAGCUCUUGGCUUAGAGCCACAGUUUAUGGAGCACUUAUUAUUCAUCCUAAACAAGGAGACUCGUAUCCAUUCCCUAAACCAAAGCGCGAGACAACACUUCUUCUCGGUGAGUGGUGGAAUGCAAACCCCAUCGACGUGGUGAGGGAAGCAACCAGAACCGGAGCAGCUCCAAAUGUUUCUGAUGCUUACACAAUCAAUGGUCAACCUGGUGAUCUUUACAAGUGCUCGAGCAAAGACACAGUGAUAGUUCCCAUAGACUCCGGCGAAACCAACCUCCUCCGAAUCAUCAACGCCGCUCUUAACCAGCAACUUUUCUUCACCGUCGCCAACCAUAAACUCACCGUUGUCGGUGCCGACGCCUCCUACACCAAGCCCUUCACCACCACUACCCUCAUGUUAGGCCCCGGGCAGACCACCGACGUUUUAAUCACCGGCGACCAGCCACCAUCUCGGUACUACAUGGCAGCGCGUGCCUAUUUCAGCGCACAAAAUGCAGCAUUCGACAACACCACCACCACCGCCAUUCUCGAGUACAAGUCUGCUCCAUGCAGCAACUGCAAAAACGGCUCAUCAACUAAGCCCGUCAUGCCCCCACUCCCUGCUUACAACGACACCAACACCUCCUCCGCCUUCACCACCAGCUUCCGAAGCCCUAGAAAGGUCGAAGUCCCCACCGAAAUCGACGAGAACCUCUUCUUCACAGUCGGCCUCGGACUCAACAACUGCCCCAAAAAUUUCCCCUCCAGUAGGUGCCAAGGCCCUAACGGCACGCGCUUCACCGCCAGCAUGAACAAUGUCUCUUUUGUGCUACCAAACAACAUCUCCAUCCUUCAAGCUUACCAGCAGAAUAUCCCCGGAGUUGUCACUUCUGAUUUCCCCGCAAACCCGCCGCGGCAGUUUGACUACACCGGCAACGUGAGCCAAUCACUCUGGCAGCCCAACUCCGGGACCAAGGGAUACCCAUUGAAAUACGGAUCAAGAGUCCAGGUGGUGUUGCAAGACACUAGUAUUGUCACACCCGAAAACCACCCGAUUCAUCUCCACGGAUACGAUUUCUACGUCCUUGCAGAAGGGUUUGGUAAUUUCAAUGCCAAGACUGACACUAAAAAAUUCAACCUGGUUGAUCCUCCUAUGAGGAACACAGUUGCGGUACCAGUGAAUGGUUGGGCUGUCAUCAGAUUUGUGGCUGACAAUCCAGGUGCUUGGAUAAUGCAUUGUCACUUGGAUGUUCACAUCAACUGGGGUUUGGCUAUGGUAUUCCUGGUGGAUAACGGAGUCGGGAAGCUCCAGUCAAUCGAGUCUCCACCGUCGGAUCUUCCCCUGUGUUAAGGACCUCGAUCAUCGAAUCAUCGAGUCGAAAACCCAAUAAUUGGGUUUUCCUAAUUACAAUUAUGUCGUUGUUUAAUCCCCUGCAUUUUGGGGUCUAGUUUGUGCUCUGUUCUUUUUGAAACUUAAAAGUGGGAUUAUAGGAGAUAGUGCUGGGAUUCCAAAACCCAGUACUAUAUGAAUUAUUCACAGGGCCGACCCAUAAGUUUUAUCGAUUUCUAGCAGUUUGAAUCUCCAUUAAGAAAGUAUAAACAAACAUUCAAUAGAUUACGAAUGUUUGUUUUUUUGUUAUUCCUCUGUUUCUUAAAGAAGUGAGCAGAAAUGAAACACACUGUCUUAUAAUAAUAAUGUCAAA